AGACACCCAGCAACACAUAUACUCUCCAUCGCUUUUAUUAAACCCAACCGACAUCGUCCCCGCUCACCCGACCACUCAAUCCCCUCAAAAAAUAAUGCAAAAAUCCCGCAGCACAGCGCCCUCCCACGCCUCCCUCGCCGGCGCCCGUUCCACCACCACCCUCUCCUCCCCUCGCAAAUCAUCCCGACCCCAAUCCGCCGCACCCCUGCGAUCCAGUCGCGCGUCUCUUGGGUCGACGAGUUUACUGAGCGGGAAGAGACCGGCGUCGGCGAGACCGGAUCUCGGCGUUGAGAAGGAGUUGGGAGAGAAAGAGAGGGGGUUGUUGCAGGCAGUUGAGGAAGGGAGGUUGGAUCGGGUUUACGAAGCGCUAUGGGAGAACCCAGGCCGGAGCAACUGCCGGAAUCCCGUCCUGGGGUUAACCCCGCUCUCGGUCGCCUGCCGCAACGGCAAUCGCCGCAUCGCACAUAUCCUGCUCUCCUUCGGCGCCGACGUCACUGCCACGGACGGGUAUGGGGUCACGCCAUUACACUGGGCAGCAAACUCCGGCAACAUCCCCCUCGUCGCCCUCCUCCUCCGGCAAGCCCUACGGAAAGGCAACGCGAAACCCGUCCUGGCAUCUCUCACAUCGCUGCUCGCCUCUCUCCCCACCACGGAUAAAAGCAAAGCCGCACCACCACCACCACCGGUGAAGAAGGGGGAUAGGGAACCGCCGAACCUGUUGACGAGCAGGGAUGGGUUUGGGAGCACUGCGUUGCAUUUUGCGAGUGUCAAUAACUUGAAGGAUGUUGCUAAUGUUUUGUUAACAGCCGGCAGCGACCCAACAGUAAAGAACAACGACGGCCGCAUGGCCCACGAGCUCACAACCGACGAAACGCUCCGCACACUGCUCACCAAUUCCGAAACACAUCUCCGCUCGCAUCUCGUCGCACUCCGCAAACUGCAGCGGAAGAUAGCCAAACGCGCCGCGAAAGCUGCGGCAGAGGAAGCGGAGGCGAAGAAGAAUCGCGGCAGUUCACGACCGACCAGUGCUGUUGCGGUGAAGAAGGGUGGGAAGACGGCGGCCGCUGCGGGGGAUGCAAAGACGGGUGGGGGGAAGACUGGCGGGGCAGGGAAGAAGAAGCCGAAAGGGAGGAAAGCUGGUGCACGGCCCGCUUCUGCGCCGCCCAUACGCGGGGAGGAGCCAGCAAGUUCACUACCACCGACAAGCACGGCACGCCCGCAAACAGCCGCGCCCGGACGGCGGGGGGAUGUUGUGGGUGGAUCACCGUCUGCUGCUGUUUCGGGGACGGAGAUCUCAGCGUCCCGAGACGUCGACAUGCAAUCGCACAUUCCGCGACCAACGCCCGCCGCUGCGGGACGCAACAGACCCGAUCCGCCACUCUCGACAUCCAUCACCUCGCUCUCGCGCCCGAAAUCCGCAGUGAAUUCCACGUCAUCCCUCACAUCAUCGGGAUCAGCGUCCAAAUUAUCGAAAAAGAAACUCAAGUCAUCAUCCGCCAGUGCGGCGGGACUCAAACACCGGUCGGCGGCGGGGAGCAGGGAGUCGGUUACGGGGCGGUCGUCUACGACGAUGGUGUUCAAGGAGGGUGGGCCGGGGUCGGGGAGUGUAAUGACGCAUACGGCGGGAAUGCCUGCAGACGGAGGUGGACCGAAACCGCCGGCGAGGGGAUUUGUGCCGUCUUCGGCGACGGUGGCAAGUUUAGGAGGUGCCGGUUGGGGACGAUGAGGAUUCUGGUUAGGAGAGAAACCGUAGUUUAUGCUAGCGUUUUGGCAUAGAUUUCAGUCGUAAGGUAGCGGUGUUGGCAUGGCAGCGUAGCGGGUAGUGCUUUUGGGGCGCGAAUAAUGGUGCGGAUAGACUCUCCAACUCCUUCUGAUAUGAGGUACUGCUUCUGCCAUGUCAUAGAGCUGCACACAUCCCGACGGGCAGCCUGCGAUC